GAUUGCAAACUAGAUAUUCCGCUAGGAGUGGUGAGCAGGAUAGAAAAAAUAGGAUAUUCAAAUAUGAGUCGAGGCGAGGACUGUUACGGCUUUGAAGUUUUUUGCAAGGACUUUCGUAGUGUGAAGUUCGCCAGCAGACAGGAGAACCAUUCGAGGCGAAAGCUCUACGAAUGUCUGCAGAUGUACUCGUUUCCCGUAUCAAAUAAACUUACGUUGUUUGCCUUCGAAUCCUCUGAGAGGUUCUCUUUCGAUGGCUGGUCGAUCUACGAACCGGAAAAGGAAUACGCCAGAAUGGGCAUUCCAAACGACACAUGGCGCUUGACGAAGAUAAACUCGCACUACGACUUUGCCGACACAUACCCUGCAAUUCUAUGCGUGCCCGCUUCGGCAGAUGAUGAAGACUUGAAAAAGGUGGCCAGUUUCCGCAGCAAGAACCGCAUACCGGUAAGACUGGUGUUUCUUGUUUAUUGCCGUGCGCUUUACGUAAGAACUUUCAUUCUAAACAUGAAACUUGUUUAA